AUGAAAGUUUAUUCCAUAUUAAUCGCCUCCUUACUGUCUAUAGCCGGUGCUCAAAAGGAUUCUGGCUCCUUAGAUGGCCAAGACUCCAGUGAUAGCUCCCAAAAAAAAAGCUCAAGUCCUCAAGAGACCACGUCCGUCUCAGCAAAGGACGCACAAGAGAGUACAUCGGCAGCAGCUUCUACCAAUACGGACUUGGUACAAACCAGCAACGUCGUCAGCAAUAGCUACGCUGUGGCCCCAAGUGCCACUGUGGUGACCACGGACGCACAGGGAAAAACCACCACACAGUACCUAUGGUGGGUGGCCGAAACCAACUCCGCUGCUACUAUAACUUCAACUGCGUCUGUGCAGCCCACCAGCGAGACAUCAAGCGAAAGCGUCACUUCCGCAGUCUCCACCGCAACAUCAACAAAUGGGCCAAUCACUUUAGUGACCACGACAAAUUCGCUAGGCGAAACAUACACAUCUACCAUUUGGUGGCUACCGUCCUCGGCUACACCGGGCAGCACGGCUUCAUCAAGUAAAUCAUCGUCGGGAUCAUCAUCAGGAUCAGCUUCGGGCUCCAAGGUAGUAAGCACCAUCAAGUCAGCCUACGUGACUACAUCUGGUUCCGAAGUCGAGACAUUGACCACUACGUACAAGUCCACGGUCAACGGUAGAGUAGCGUCCGUAAUCUCCAACUCCACCAAUGCUGCCUUUGCAGGCGCUCACAUCGCCUACGGUGCGGGUGCAUUCGCCGUGGGUGCACUCUUAUUAUAG